AUGACGAAGCUCAUAUCAGGCUCAUAUGAUACAUACAUGUCCUGUCAGUCUGGACUCUGUACGCAGCUUCUCCGCCAUCUCGACCAAAACGCUGCGGUUCGGUGCGGCGCGGUGCGGUGCGGCGCGGUGCGGUGCGUUCCAGCACAUUGCACAAUGCCCCGAAAUCACGCCCUUGAACAAGAUCCGGACGAGAUGUCGCCCUCACCUGCAAUUGCUUCCUCACCACGUGCGCGACCAGGAUCAAUGAUACUCCACAUCGCGCGGAUUCUUUUUCUUACCACGGCCAAAUACAACAACCUGCUGCAGACUGCCGCUAGCGGUCGAUCACUUCCAUCCACUCGGCAGCUCGCCUGCGUCAAGACUUCACGCUAUCUGGCGGGUACUCCUUGUGUUUCGGCAGGUGGUGCGGUGAUGAAGGACUGCCAUCGCACCGUCCUUGGCACUUCUGGGCCCCUGGACGAAUGCUGGCAUCCAACCAAUAGACCUUCGGCGACCUCAACAACGGGGAAAUUAUUACGGCCAGGAUGCAGUAUCAUGAAUCAUGAAUCAGAACAACAGCAGUACUCAUCAAGGCUCAUAGUCUCUCGGCGUACAGACUGCCAAGAGAGCCUUCCCCGUCUGGUGCGGACUGCGAACGACUCUGGCAAAGCUAGCGCACGGGCCCUUGGCUUCUGUGCUUCUGACUUCACUAUGCUGCAAGCGAGAGCUGGAAUAAGUCGAAUGCUGACGCUGGGCAAACGAGAAAACAUCCUCUUGGCGGAUCACGUUGAUGCCCAACCGUGCUGGCAGUAUAAGUACCGAAAAGAUGAAAGCUUCUCAUUCAUCAUGCUUCACAACAAGUCGAUUGAUGAGGGCGAACAGCAGUCAACAUGGCAACGUAUCCCACAAAUCGGAAAAGAUGCAGAGCUCGACGAUUACAGAGAAGUCAUCUCUGAAAUGGGCGAGGGGCCCCAGAAACGCACUGCAAGCGGAAGCAACGCAGCCUUCAACCAGUUCGAGCAAGGAACUAUAGCUCGAAUCAACCAUUUCUGCGAACUAGCGACCUCGCAAAAAGACGUAAAUAACUCAGACGCAACGACGGACUGGGAAGUAUCUAUGAUUUUGCUACAACUUACGCUAUAUGAACGAAAAUCCGGGAUCUAG